AUGUCCAACGAAGGUGAAGAAGAUUUGUUAGAGUACUCCGACAACGAGCAGGAGAUUCAAGUCGAGGCCUCCAAGGCUGCAGAAGCCGGUGGUGCGGACUCCAAAGAAGCUGGAGAAAAUGGGACCGAAGCGGACAAAAAGGGCUCCUACGUGGGUAUCCACUCUACCGGUUUCAAGGACUUUCUUUUGAAGCCAGAGCUAUCGAGAGCCAUUAUUGAUUGCGGUUUCGAACACCCCUCUGAAGUUCAACAACACACAAUUCCUCAGUCCAUUCACGGUACUGACGUUCUAUGCCAAGCCAAGUCAGGUUUGGGUAAAACCGCCGUUUUCGUGCUAUCCACGUUGCAACAAUUGGACCCAGUUCCAGGCGAAGUCUCCGUGGUCGUGAUCUGUAACGCCAGAGAACUAGCAUACCAAAUUCGUAACGAGUAUUUGAGAUUUUCCAAAUACAUGCCAGACGUGAAAACCGCCGUAUUCUACGGUGGUACCCCUAUUGCCAAAGAUGCUGAGCUUCUGAAAGACAAGGAAACUGCACCACACAUUGUGGUGGCCACUCCAGGUCGUUUGAAGGCUUUGGUGAGGGACAAGAUCAUUGAUCUAUCACUUGUAAAGAACUUUGUCAUUGACGAAUGUGACAAAGUCUUGGAAGAGCUAGGAAUGCGUAAAGACGUUCAAGAUAUAUUUAGAGCUACACCAAGAGACAAGCAAGUGAUGAUGUUUUCCGCUACAUUGUCUCAAGAAAUGAGACCAAUUUGCAGACGUUUCUUACAGAAUCCUUUGGAGAUUUUCGUCGACGACGAAGCCAAGCUUACUUUGCACGGUCUACAACAAUACUAUAUCAAACUUGAUGAGCGUGAAAAGAACCGUAAGCUCGCACAAUUGUUGGACGAUUUAGAGUUCAACCAAGUAAUUAUUUUCGUGAAGUCUACCAACAGAGCUAAUGAACUGACCAAAUUGUUGAAUGCCUCCAACUUUCCUGCCAUUACUGUUCACGGUGGUAUGAAGCAAGAAGAGCGUAUUGCUCGUUACAAAGCUUUCAAGGAUUUUGAAAAGCGUAUCUGUGUAUCAACCGAUGUUUUCGGUAGAGGUAUCGAUAUUGAACGUAUCAACUUGGCCAUCAACUACGAUCUACCAAAUGAAGCUGACCAAUACCUCCACCGUGUUGGUAGAGCCGGUAGAUUUGGUACCAAGGGUUUGGCCAUUUCAUUUGUUUCCACGAAAGAAGACGAAGAAAUCUUGAGCAAGAUCCAGGACAGAUUCGACGUUAAGGUGGCAGAAUUUCCAGAAGAGGGUGUUGAUCCAUCCACUUACUUAAACACCUAA